UUGAAAUGAUUGUUAUGUAGUCGCUGUAUUGUUUCCUGAUUCACAGAUUUGUUAACUUUCUGUUGUCAACAACAACCGUCGUUGUACAGGCUAUGAGUGGCAAUGGACCCUUGUGUGUCUGUUAUCAAUAAUACACAUUUAAAUGACUCCACUUCAAGCUCUGAUGCUGCAGAUGUAUUGAUCGGUUCAACCAGAGUUUCAGUGGAUCCCAGCAGAGUGGAGAAACAACACAAGAGUCAUAACAAAGUGAAUAUUUAUAUCAGGAGAAUAUCAGACUCUGCACAUGUUUCGUUUGAUGAUGACAGGUGUAUAGAGGAAGACAGACCGUCUCUGAAUAAGCCUCCAGGUUCAAAAACAGAAAGACCCAAGGUACAACAAGCUUGUGGGCCAUCAAAACAAGUUCCUGAACCUUUAAACAAGGACCCCAGAAAAGAGAAAAACCAAGCUCAAACAAUCAUGCAGACAGGAAAUUCAAAAUUAAAAGGUGAAGAUGUGCACAUUUCUAGAUACUCGGCUGAUGGUAGAGGGGCGGUUUCUGCAGCACUCAAGAAGAGAAGUCAGAGUGUACCUAUAAACCGAAGUGUGACGGUACAGCUUUUGGACCAAGAACGAUCUCAAUCUCCCAAAGUCCUCAAUGAUCCUCCCUGUCCAUCCGUAGAUACUGGAGCUUCUGCCACGGUGGCAGCCAUUUCAGCUGCUGCGAUAGCUGCGACUGCUCCACUUCUGAAGGCUCAGAGUGAAAUGGAGGCACAGAUUGCUCGAGUAAGUGCCGAGCUGAAGAGACUGCAGGGAUCAGAGGCCAGUGCUCCGCAGGGGAGAGCGGACACUUCUGCUGGUAAAGUGACCCAUCUGGAAGAGCAGCUGAACGUUCUGAUCCAGCAGAGACUGCAACACCUAGAGACGAUCCAGUGUCAGCAGAUCCAACUACAGAAUCGUAUCUUGGACUCGGCUCUGGACGCUGUUACAGCUCGUGCAAACGCAGACUCGCACACACAUCACACUGUUUCUGAAAUCAGCCAGACAGAGUCGCUGCCAGCUCACACUUUCACUGAUAAAACCUUUGCUGGAAGCCUAGAAGCAGCUUCAAAAUUUGAGAACAUAGAGAAGCUGACAGGUGGACAUAAAAGCCCCGUGGAGACCCCAGCACCUCGUAAAGUCGUUCCGAAACCCACCUACUGGACAUCUUCAUCCAAAGCCAUCAAACCCCAGAGAACGUCUAUUAAAACCCAAGGAAAUGGCAGACUCCAGGACCAGAACCGUAACAACCAGAGGUCUCCUGAGAGAUGUGAUGUGCAGUCUGUCGGGGUAAAGAGGUUUGCCAUGGCAACAGCUGACAAUGGCCAACCAGAGCAGUCCAGAAGCACACAGAUGUCACCUAAAGCAUCACGUUCUGGAAACCAAGGACCAUCAGAACCAGCCGUGAAGCAACAGAGCAAACUGGAGGACCACAGAGAACAGGCACACAUGGCAUCUUCCAGCUCAGCCGUGCGGCGGGCCGGCGAGAUACUGCGAGAUCUGGGCCGACUAAAAAAUGAGAUGAGUCGUCUAAUUCAGACUGCUGAUGCGCUUCCUGCGCAGCACGCCAAGUCGACCCAGAACAGCAGGAGCAGCCAUCUCACACCCUCCACCCCGGUCCCGCCUCCUUCCACAACCCCCAUCUCCAUGCCCUCAGAGCCCAUUGAUGUAAUUCCCACCAGAGCCGUUCCUUUAAACAGACUGAGCAUUCUGAAGAGCAUCCAGCCGCCCACAUCCAUGUUUGAGGAUGCAGGACAGGUCCUGAGGCGGGUCAGGCAGCGCAAGAAGGUUCUGGAAGAAAAUCUGCAAGCCAUUUUGAGAGCCAAAGAUGGAGAGGUGCUUCAUGCCCAGUUAGAGGCACUGUCAAAAAACAGAGAUGUUAGUGAAGAACUGAGGAUAAAGAAGACAGUUGAUGCCUGGAUCAAUACACUCAGCAAAGAGAUUCAGGAUGAGCUGGCGAGGGAGAGCUCUGUUUCUGAGAAGAGGAUUGUGGAGAGCAACAAUGCUGCAGUCACUGAAAUGGUGCAGCAGGGCCAGGGGAGCGGGAGCAGCCGCAGGGCUGGACCGAGAGGGGGAGGAAGAGGAGGAGGAGGUGAAACCUCUGCAACGGAGAAGAAAACCUCUCUGAGAGGCUCAGUAAAAAACACUCUGCCGCAUGGGAAACAACCUACUGUGUGUGUCAGAACCAAACCUGAAGUAAACCAAGAGAUGCCACUGGUCGUGAAAACUCAGGACGAUCAUGAAUAUCUGGCCAAGCUUUACGGGAAAGCUCUUUAUGAGGGUCGUCGACGGACUCUGAAAAAGGGACCUUACCUUCGAUUCACUUCCCCCACACCUAAAUCCCAAACUCAACGACCCAAAGUAAUAGAGACCGUCAGAGGGGUCGUAAUGAAGUCAUCUAAAACCCAAACUAGUCCAUCUGUGGAUGCUGUUUCCGGCCUGCAGCCUUCAGUCUCUGAACCUCAUUUCCUGUUCAGCCGCAGUGACUCCGCCCAGCAGCAUCAGCCCGGUUCCCCAGUACGCGGCUACCUCAUUCCCAUGGCCAUACCCUUAGGUAAGCCCAGAGUGGACAGCCAGGCCCCGGUGCCUUCACAGAUCACCAUCAGUGACAAACCCCCGAUUAUAACAACUUCCUUACCACCUACAACCAUCGCUGAACCCAAACCAGCUCCGGUCAUUCGGAAGCCCAACACCAUCUUACUGGAGGUCCAGUCGGAACCAAAGAAACGCCGCCCGCAGCUCGAAAUACAGGUUCAGCCUGGUGUGAACAUUGAGAGCGUCUUAUGCAGCGGACCGGCUUCCUCUACACCGUUGAUCUCAGCUGAUCCCAUCUUUCCUCCACCCGUCAUUGAUGCCGUGGAGGAGCCGCACGCUCACGAAGACGAGGAGGAAAAUGUCUUUCCUGGAACCAAUUUCUUGGAGGUAGCCGACAUCAGCCAGGAAACACAUGUCGGAGACUCUCCUGUAGAGCUGAAGGGAUUGCCGUCUCCUCCUGCCGCUCUGUAUCAUGGCCCAGCGUUUCCUCCACAGCCUCACCGGUCCACCCCGCUCACAGAGCCCGUUCUCAACACCAUCCUGCAGAGAGAGACCCUAGAGAAUAGACUCGUGGAUUGGGUGGAGCAACAGCUCAUGGCCAGAAUGAUCACUGAAAUGUUCCCUCAGCCUGUCCAGGCUGAUCCAGCCAGCCAAUCAGAGCUUGAGAAUAGUGUGACGUCAGAUAUAGUGGAGACAGCCGGAGGGGCCGGUCUGCAGUUGUUCGUGGAUGCAGGGGUACCGGUGGACUCUGAGCUCAUAAGGGAGUGUGUGAAGGAGGUGCUGACUGAAACCGUUGCUCUAAUGCUGGGACAGAGAGAGACCCAGAGAGUGCCCGCUGAACCCGCUCAAACACACGCGCAGGAGGAGCUGACAAUAGUGCCAACACCAGUACCCACACCUGAACCCAUCCUCAAAGAGCCGCCAUCUCCUGUCAGAACCCCUGAUCUCUCCGAACAUCCUUCUACAGCUUUGCCUCUUGAAGAAAACCAACCUCAGGAAUUAACUUCCCCAGGUCCAUCUAGAAUUCCCGUGGACACACCGACUACUACACCGAUCCCAUCUCCCGUCAGGGUGGACGCACCCUCUCCUCCUCCUGCCAGUCGGAGUCCAGAGUCAGCCAGCCUGCCGAACCACCCAGGGGAAGGCACAGAGCUCCCCCUACAGGAGGAAGAGCCACACAGCGAGACAGAAGAGGAGCAGCCUCCUCCAGUUGUGAUGUCAGUAGCCCGAGAGGAUGAAGAAGAAUCGCUCAUCCCUACAGUUUCACCUCUGCCCUCGAAACCACAGACCGCGCCUCCACCUCCUUUUCCAGUGAUUCAGGAACCUCCACUUCCUUCGCCUGCUGCUGAGUCUGAAUCCUCCUCCACAGAGGAGAGCAGCUCCAGUUCCAGUGAUACAGUGACUGAGACCGAGACAGCAGCCAGACACAUCUCAGAGGGAGAGCUGUUGUUCAGUCACGGCCAAAUGGCGGCAGUCAGAGUUCUGAAUGAGGAAGGAAUCCUUCUGCCAAAUUUGUUGAGCAGCUUGAACAAUUCCAUGCAUGGAGUCCAGGACAUGGAUUAUGAUCCACCCAGUGAGGGUCAGGUGAUCAGUGGGCCACGCCUCCAAGCUCAUCAUGACCCUAUCCUGUCUCUUUUGGCCAGAAUGGAUCACGGUCCUGUCAGCCAAUUACAGCAGCCAGAGAGAUGGUGGGUGGACGAGAGCAGUGGAGAGAUCAGUGAGGGUCAGAGGCCUCUUCUGACCGCUGCAGAGGAAAGUGUGCUGACGGGACAUUCUCUUAUAGACCAGCAGAGAUCCGCACAGCCUAACACAGAGGUCUCGCCCCAUGCCACGCUCACAUCACCUGGACAAGUGCUCACUGACCAUACAGGUGCAGUAGCUGAAGAGAGCGAACUGUCAGUCACCCUCAGGUCGUCAAGGGAACCAAAAGAAGCUGAAGUUUAUCAUGCGAUGGCCGUCUCUUCACCUCAGCCGGAGGAUACAGAACAUCAACAGAGCACAGAAACAACACAGAUGGUCCACAGACCUGCAGCGAUCCUAGUGAGGCAGUACCGAGAUGAAGAGGAGCCAGAGCUUCUCAAACAGAGACGAUCUUCAGAUGGCACAUUUUUUGAGGACGACGAGAAAGAUAAAGACGCUUUUCUGCACGCAGGAGGCGGAGGAAGUGAUGUCAGAGUCAUGUCAGUGAGACUGCCGUCUGUCGAACAGGACCACGAGUCCGUCAGUCUCAGCUCUGUCGAAGGAGAUACAGACUCUUCUGCUAAUGAUGUGUUUCAGCUGACAUCCGACCUGUCUUGAAACUGCUAAGUGCAAAAGAAUAUGCAGUUUUUUUAUUAUUUAUUCCGUUUUUAUGCUAUGACAGUGAAAGAGAUACGGUACAAUGAACGUCUUUUACGUCUGUUGUCGUUCACUGUGUCACAUCAAUUGUACAUGUUUAUACAAAUAAAUGCUU